GAAACGUUACUAAGACCGUCACUACCCACGAACCCAACGUAAACAACAGCUGAGGCAGGCGGCCUGCAGCAACAUGGAAGACGCACAGUCAAUAACGAGCGAAAUUAAUGAAAAUUCAGUGGAAAAACGAGUGAAGAGGAAGCCAGGUAUAAUAUACCUGUCGUGCAUCCCUCCCAACAUGAGUGUGACUCAGAUAAGAGAUUACUUCAGCAUGGUGGGCAACCUAGACCGUGUCUACCUCCAAGCUGAUAACAAUGUGAAUGAUUUGAAGAGAGAAAAAGGCCAAGGGAAAAAAUACAGCAAGAAUUUACGCUUCACGGAAGGCUGGAUCGAGUUUAAGAGUAAGAGGAAGGCCAAGCAAGCACACUUCUUCCUCAAUAAUCAACCUGUGGGUGGAAAGAAGAGCAAUCCUUAUUAUGAUAUGUUGUGGAACAUUAAGUACCUUCCAAGAUUUAAGUGGGCUUUCCUGAAGCAGCGUCUGGAGUACGAACGUGAAGUCCAUCGACAGAGAAUGGGGGCCGAGAUCUCGCAGGUGCGCCGAGAAACUGACCACUUCAUCAAAACAUCUGAAAUAAGUGAAAAGAACCAGAGGAAAUUAGCUAAAACACAGAAGAAAAAGAAGAAUGAUAAGCAAGAACUUCAAGCAGAAAGUCAAAAGAAAGAAAUUACAGGAAAUGAGAAAAUGUUUGUAUUUAAGCAGAAGGAGUUAGAAAAUGAAAUUUUAAGCAAGAGUGAAGUAAGGAAGAAGAAAAAUGAACUAAUCAGGAACAGGAUUGCAGAAAAAAAGAAAAAGAGGCGAGAAAUUAAAAUGAAAAAGAAAGAAUUGUCAAAGAAGCCAGAAGAUGACUUCUUGGGUUCUGUAUUUGUUGGUUCAUCUUUGUAGCAGUAUUAAAAUAUUAAUAAAAAAUAUCAGUAAA